GCUUGCCAUGGCUCAGAGUCAGUACAAGACGGGUCUAGUAAGUGAACUGCUGACUGCUGACGUAACUGUCCACUGUACCUUGUUACAGAAGGCUGGUCUGUUAGGUGUCAGUCAAGAAUGGCGUCAAACAACAAAACUGAAUGUACCAUGCCUGGGACGUGUGUGUGGGGCGCAGGCAGGGUGGCGCUGGUGACGGGGGGAGCUCGCAGGGUGGGACGCCUCAUCACUCUCGCACUACACAGGCACCACUACAACGUCAUCAUACACUGCUGUUCCUCCAAACUCCUCGCACUUGAACUCGCUGCUGAGCUUAACAGUACAGAAGAGACUUACUGCUUGUUGGGGUACAGUUGCCGGCAGGACAGCGCUCAUGUCAUCACGGGCGAUCUGUCCCAGAAUGUGGGGGAGACAACCAGGAGGAUGGUGACGGAGGCGGAGCAGAAGUGGGGGCGCCUCGACCUGCUCGUCAACUCCGCCGCUGAUUACUUCAUAACUCCUCUACCUGCCGCUACCGAACACGACUGGGACAAACUCAUGAACAUUAACGCGAAGGCUCCGUACUUCCUUACCCAGGCUGCAGCGCCACACUUGCAGAAGGUUCGGGGUAACAUAGUGAACGUGGCAGACAUCCUGGCAGAGCGGCCCACCUCAACCCUCAACAUCUACUGCACUACUAAGGCGACGCUCAUUAUGAUCACCAAGAGCCUCGCAAUAGAGUUGGGACCUGAGGGUUUAUGUAUGAUACAGAGGACAGCAGGUGGAGCAACAUGACACAGCAGGUGGAGCAACAUAGUGUGACACAGCAGGUGAAGCAACAUAGUGUGACACAGCAGGUGGAGCAACAUAGUGUGACACAGCAUGUGGAGCAACAUAGUGUGACACAGCAUGUGGAGUGUACAGCAGCAUAGUGUGGCACAGCAGGUGGAGUGUAUAGGAACACAGAGCGAGUCAGUGGUGGUAAGAGGCGACUCACGUGAUAAAUGACUCAUAGGUGACUCGCACUGUGAGAAGGCAAACGUUUAUGCUAGUCACUUGAUUUUACGUCAAAUAACAUGUAUGACUGUGGUCAGUACAGCAUGGUAACUUAAGUGACUCACCUUAAGUGACUCUGGUUAUAAUUGACUCACUGCU